AUGGUUUGUUUUAAAUCGUUGUUUGUUUUAGUAUUUUUACAGGCAGCUUUGGUGAACUGUCUAAAGACUGGUGUUUUAUUUUCUAAUGAACAUGGGUUUUUAAAGAAUACCAAGGAAUCAUUAUUAAAAUUUACUGAUAAACAACCUACUGUUGUAUUUAAAUUUUUAGAUUACUCUAUUUCAGAUGCAUUCAGUUCUUAUAAUGAUAAAGAGAAAAAUAAAUUGAAAUAUUUAACAAGUUUUUUUGAAGACCAAGUUGUCGGUGUUAAGACAAUUAAAAAACCUAAGAAGUAUUGGAACUCAAUUAAAUCUACUUUAAAGAGUAAUAAAGAAAUUGAUGUCAAGGUUAUAACGUUUAAAAAAUUACCUGAAACACCAUAUGCAAUCUUUCAUAAAAUCGCCAUUCAAGAUAAAGAUGUUAUUGUUCUUAAAUUCGAGGAUGAAGUGUACGAUUUAUCUAAGUUGAAUGAUACUCUAGAGUCGGUUAUGAAUAGAUUAGUGGAAGUACUCGGAAAGGACAUACGUGUCAUCUUAUUUAACUACUCAAAUGACGAACACAAACCUCAUGUAAUUGGUAAGACAGGUGCCGUCAUUGGAGGCAAAGAAGUUGCUUUUCACAGAAAUAUGAAGUUUCAGAAGUUGAAGAGAGAUGAUGGAGAAGAAGUUGAAGAAGUUGAAGAUAUUAAAGAUGAAGAAGACACAGAAGAUGAAGUCAUUUCAUAUGAUGAGAAAGUAGAUGAAGAAAAUGCAGAGGACAAUGUCAUUUUAUAUGAUGAGAAAGAAGAUGAAGAUAACGCGGAAGAUAACGACAUACUAAGUAAAAUAUGGACUGAAGGCUUAUUGAUGUGUUUAUUGGUCUCCAUCUUCUUAUUCGGACUUCUAGCUGUCGCUCUCUCAUGGAUGACCAGUUUAGAAAUCAGCUACGGUGCUUUUGAAAAGCAAUCAAACCCAUUAAAGAAAACUAAUUAA